AUGUCUAGUGGAGCAUUCCCUUUUUGUCUAGUGGAGCAUUCCCUUUUUGUAUAUGCAAAAGGAGAUAUCAUAUUGACUGUAUUGGUGUAUGUGGACGACAUAAUAUUGACUGGCAAUGAUGACGGUCAAUGCAAAUUGUUCAAGGAAUACUUGCAUAACUGUUUCCAUAUCAAGGACUUGGGCAAACUUAAAUACUUCUUGGGUAUUGAAGUUUCUAGAUCACCAAAAGGUCUAUUCCUAAAUCAACGAAAAUAUGUGCUGGAUAUACUUAAGGAAGUUGGCUUGACGAAUGCAAAACCCAGUUCUACUCUAAUGGAACAGAGACAUCGUCUCUCUGAAGAAGCCGACGAACCUCUCACGGACCCCUCACAGUACAGAAGGUUGGUUGGACGCUUGUUGUACCUCAUAAUUACGAGGCCAGACAUAACAUAUGCUGUCCACAUUUUGAGCCAGUUUAUGCAAAGUCCCAAGCAGGAUCACUGGAUACAUGCGAUCAGAAUGUUAUGA